AUGACCGUAUUGAGAUUAUCGCUAAUAAUUAGGGCUACUAAGGACGCUAGUCUUAUUACCGAUCUUAAUAUCCUCUAUAUUAUUAAUAAGCCUACCGCUACUACUAUACCUACGGAGGGUGAGCGUAAUAUCCUUAUUUUUGAUCUCGGUAAUAGUAUCUUCGAUAUAUCUCUUCUAACUAUUAAGGAGGGUAUCUUCGAGGUUAAGGCUACCGCUAGUAAUACUUACCUUAGUGAUAAGGACUUCGAUAACCGUCUUAUUAACUACUUCGACCUCUUCCGCGGUACUAUAAAGCUCGUUAAGCGUGUCCUCCGUGACGCUAAGAUCGAUAAGGCUUUUAUCUACGAGAUUGUCUUUAUUGGUAGUUCUACCUAUAUCCCUAAGAUCCAGAAGCUUAUCUCCGACCUCUUUAAUAAGGACGCUAAUAAGUCUAUUAAUCCCGAUAAGGCCGUCGCUUAUAGUACCAUUAAGGUUACCUACGAUCUUAAUACUAAUAAUAUUAUAAAUAUCUCCGCUAUUAAGAAGGGUAUAGGAAAGACCUAUAAGAUCACUAUCUCUAAUAAUAAGGGUUAUCUCUCUAAGGAGGAGAUCGAAUAUAUACUCUCUAAGGCUAAGAAAUAUAAGGAGGAGGAUAAAGCUAAGGCUAGCUAUAUUUAG